UCAAUUUUUAACGUUUUUCAACUGAUCGGCAUCCAUUAACUUUUUACUUGAACCCCAACUUUUUUUCUUUGGAUUUUGGAAUCGUAGAAUUUCUCAUUCUUGUUGACGAACAUUUAAGCACCCAUUUUGCUUCCAAUCGAUUAAUGGCUUUUCUCGGUUCCGUAAUCACCAACGAGGUUGGAUUGCAGCUGCUCCUGUAUCCUCUUAAUUCCAAUGCUGUUGUUCGUACGGCAUGCUGCUCUAUAGGGAUCGUCUUACCUGUGUAUUCCACCUUCAAGGCAAUCGAGAAGAAAGAUCAGAAUGAUCAACAGAAGUGGCUUAUUUAUUGGGCAGCCUAUGGAUCUUUAAGCCUUGUUGAAGCGUACUCGGACAAAUUUCUUUCAUGGGUUCCAGUGUACUAUCAUCUGAAGUUUGCGUUUCUUGUUUGGCUCCAGCUACCGGCAACUAGUGGGGCAAAAAAACUAUACAUGAACUACCUGCGUCCUUUUCUCCUGAAGCAUCAAGGAAAAGUGGAUUGGAUUUUAGGGUAUGCUUCGGAUGAAAUGGUGAAAACCAUUAGCAGACACCAAACAGAGAUUCAGUAUUUUAGAACAAUUGUUAUGAAAAUAUUGAGAUCCGACGAACGAUCAUCAAGGCUUGGAUCAGCCAGGCCAAACGAGGCCGGAAGAAGCCUACAAAUUGAGGAUAGAAACCUACAAAUUGAGGAUCGAAACUCAUACACAGACUCCGACAUAGAUGAUUGACUUAUUAUUGCCCACAAUUUCUAUUCGCCAAUGUAAUUAAUCACAAUAUCUCAACCCUAUUUCCUUAGGUAGGUAGGUUAGCUCUGCUCGUAAAGGUUGAGUCAGGCUCAUAGCAUAUUAACCUUUUUUUCUCAGUAGAUAGAUUAAGUUCAAGCAAUUUCAAGUAUUUGUAAUCAAUCCCUACGUAUUGUCCAUAUUCUACGGUGCAGUGAAACCACAAAGUGAGAAAUUUUUUCUUUUUAUAA